AUGACGUGCAACUUAACAAUAAAUUUUUUAAAUGAUCAAACAAUUUACUGUCCUGGUCAGGUUUUAUCAGGUAAUGUUUUUUUAACGAAGUUAGGAAUAUUCUUGAUAGUGCUUGAUAAUCAUCCAACGAACUUUAUUUGUUUAGGAUGUGUGACAAUAGAAAUUAUGGAAACUAGCCAAUUUAGUGGCCUUCGCUUGACUGUAAAUGGUUUAGCGAUUUGCAAAUUUCGAGAUUCACAUGAUGAAUCGUUUUUUCGUCGUGAUACGACUUUUACCGGAGAAGAACGUUUUAUUAAUGACUCAGUUUAUCUGUUUGGAACAUCUCGAGGAGAUUCAAAGGAAUUUAAGCCUGGCACACAUAAGUAUCAAUUUAGCUAUCGAAUAUCACAUACAAUACCUUCUUCAGUCAAAGCUAAACAUGGAAAAAUCCGAUACAAUGUUGAAGCAAAUCUUCAAACAAGCUGGGAGUUUGAUGUUUAUGCGAGACGUUCUUUCACAAUUAUCAGAUUUGAAGAUUUAAGCUUUCGAUUUGAUUUGAUGCUUCCCACCAGUGAAGAAAUUGUAACAUCGUUUUGCUGUUGGUCAUGUAAGACAAAACCAAUAACCAUGAGGGUUAAAUUACCAUUCACUGGAUAUGUACCUGAACAGAGUAUUCGUCUAAACAUUCUUAUUGAUAAUCGAUGUGGCUUUGAUGUUUAUCGAACUGUCAUUUCUUUGAAGAAGAAAUUCACAUUUAUCAGUCAACAACCAAGCAUUCGAGUAUGGCAAGAACAUAAAACUUUAGUGAAAAACAUCAUAGAUGGUGCAAAAAACGGACGAGAUACCAAAAUUUUGGGAAUCAUAGAAAUCCCACCAUUUACACUUCCAACAAAUGAUGACAUCAGUAAAGUAGUGAAAAUCUCUUACAAUGUUCAAGUAUCACUUGAUGUUGUUGGAUUUAUUAGCAAGCCCAAAAUUUCAAUACCUAUUAUUAUUGGAUCAAAGCCAUUGAAAUUUGGGAUCACUCAAUUUUAA